UAGCUUUCCUUAAAAUGACCUAUCAUGCAGAAUACCAAUCUAUAUACCAUCUGUGUUUCAAAAGAGUGCAAUAAUUGAUUCAGGCUCUGGGAGCCACUGUUCACCAACCAAGAAGAGAAAUUCAGAGAGUCUAUCUGUUCCCCAUUCCUAGUGUCCAAGGCUCAGGAAAAUCAGACUUGCAAGAUCCAGGAUGCACAGAAAUUCAGGACUCUCACCUUGAAUAGUCCAUACUUCAAUUCCGGAAAACGACCACGGAUCAAAUCUACUACCAUUCAAAGAAUCCAAGAGUUAACCCAGAUACAGCUGCAGAAUAAGAAGGACAAUGAUCGUUGUGCAAAAACACAGAGGCUGCAUCCACAGAGUCCUGCUUUGUUUUCUCUUGGGAAAGCUAUGGGAGACCACGGCUGCCCAGAUCCGCUACUCGGUUCCUGAGGAGUUGGAAAAAGGAUCCUUCUUAGGUGACAUAGCCAAGGAUUUAGGACUGGAGCCGAGAGAACUGUCAGAGCGAGGGGCUCGAGUUGUCUCCAGAGGUAAGAAGCAGAAUUUCGCUAUAAAUAUCAGAACUGGUAGCUUAAUCAUCAGGGACAGAAUAGACAGGGAAGAACUAUGCGCACAAAGCCCCCAGUGCCUGCUGAAUUUUAAUGUUCUGAUUGAGCAUAAAUUGAAAAUUUAUUCAGUGGAAGUGGAAAUAACUGACAUAAAUGAUAACGCCCCUCGAUUUUUAGCGGAGGAACAAGAAUUAAAAAUCAGUGAAAUCACACCCCCGGGAAGCCUGCAUCGCCUGGAAAGUGCUUAUGACCUGGAUGUAGGAGUGAAUUCCCUCCAGGGCUACGAACUGAGCCCCAAUCCUCAUUUCUCUCUGAGAGUGCAAAGCGGAGACGACGGGUUGAAGUAUCCGGAGCUGGUACUAGAGCAGGCUGUGGACCGGGAGGAGCAGGCCGUUCACUACCUCACACUCACAGCUUUGGAUGGGGGAGAACCAAUCCGCUCUGGAACUGCUCGAAUCCGAGUGAAUGUAGUGGAUGUAAAUGACAAUGCGCCAGUGUUUGCCCAGUCUGUGUAUUCGGUCAGUAUUCCUGAAAAUGUGCCCCAGGGAACAACACUACUCACUGUAAAUGCCACAGAUGCAGAUGAAGGAAUUAAUUCCCAAGUGAGAUAUUUUCUGGUGAAAAUACCUGGGAAGAACUCAGAAAUAUUCGAAUUGAAUCCUGUGACUGGAGGAUUAACAACCUUAAAAAAUCUGGACUAUGAAGAUGCAAACUUCUAUAUGAUGGAAGCAGAAGCUAAAGAUGGCCUUGGCUUUAAGGAUAGAACUAAAAUUCAUAUCACUGUUGUAGAUGUGAAUGACAAUGCCCCAGAAGUAACUAUCACCUCUGUCACCAGCUCAAUCCCUGAAAAUGCUCCUCCUGGCACUGUCAUUACUCUGUUCCAUGUGCAUGAUAGAGACUCUGGCAAAAAUGGUCAGGUCCUGUGCUCAAUCCCAGAUGACCUGCCUUUCAAAUUAGAAAAGAAGGUGGACAACUAUCAUUCACUGGUGACUGACAGGGCUCUGGACAGGGAACAGGUGUCUGAGUACAACAUCACAGUGACUGCAGUAGACUUUGGGAGCCCACCUCUGUCUACAGACACUCACAUCCUCUUGCAUGUGGCAGACAUCAAUGACAACCCACCCACUUUCAGUCAGUCAGCCUACUCUGCCUACAUCCAGGAGAACAACCCCAGAGGAACUUCCAUCUGCUCCUUGACUGCCCAUGACCCAGACAGCCAGGAGAAUGCCUUAGUCACCUAUUCCCUUGUGGACAGUAACCUCCCCUUGGAGGCACCACCACUAUCCUCCUAUGUCUCCAUCAACUCAGAGACUGGUGUGCUCUAUGCUCUGUGCUCUUUUGACUAUGAACAGUCCCAGGAGCUUCAGCUGAGAGUGACAGCCAGGGAUUCUGGGGACCCUCCUCUCAGCAGCAAUGUGUCCCUGACUCUGUUCAUCCUGGAUCAGAAUGACAAUGCUCCAGAAAUCCUGUACCCUGCCUUCCCCACAGAUGGCUCCAGUGGAGUGGAGCUGGCCCCACGCUCUGCAGAGCCAGGCUACCUGGUGACCAAGGUGGUGGCAGUGGAUGCAGACUCUGGCCAGAAUGCCUGGCUAUCCUACCAUCUGCUCAAGGCCACAGAGCCAAGGCUCUUCUCUGUGGGCCUGCACUCAGGGGAGAUCAGGACUGUCCGGGCAUUCCUAGACAAAGAUGCCCUCAAGCAGAAUCUCCUUGUGGCAGUGACAGAUAAUGGGGAACCUCCCCUCUCUGCCACCAUCAGUGUCACUGUGGCAGUGGCUGACAGCAUCCCUGAGAUCCUCUCAGAUCUCAGCAGCCACCCUGCCCCUGAGUCCCAGGAUGACUCUCUCCUCACAUUUUACCUGGUCAUAGCAGUGGCUGUGGUUUCCUGCCUGUUCUUUACCUUCAUUGUCCUCCUGCUGGCUCUCAGACUGAGGAAGUGGUGGAUGCUUCAAGUUGUACAGUCUGCAGCUGACCAUGUGGGGGGAGUGUCCUCCUCACAGUUUUUGGGAAUAGAUGGAGUGAGAGCUUUCCUUCAGACCUAUUCCCAUGAAGUUUCUCUCACCAUGGAUUCUCGGAAGAGUCAGUUGAUCUUUCCUCAGCCCAACUAUGCAGACACUUUGAUAAGUCAACAGAGUUGUGAACAAAAGGAGUCUCCAUUCCCUUCUCAGUCUUUACUUCAAGGAAAAGACGAUCAAGCAUUUUUCCAGGUAAACUUUGUUCUGUAAAAUAGACUUGCAAAUUGUUUGCCUAUGAUUCGUGAUAUUACUUUUCUAUUUUUACUGUUCACUUGAGAGGUCCAAUCCAUCUUAUAAUUACUCUGCAUAUAUGAUCUAAGAGCUCAAUUCCAGUAAACCUAUUACUAUAUACCAGUAAACCUAUUACUGUAUAGCAUAAUACCAUAGAGAACUUUAAGGUAUCACGGUCAUCAUCAGUCAAAACCCAAGGAAUGAGAACUCAGCACUCCUUAGGUCACAGUGGUGGCUAAGCUAUCUAUCUGUCUAUUAGAAAUUGCUCCACUGACCUCAAAUGCAUAACUGUGUUUGAAAUUCAAAGUUUAUUGGAUUACAGAUUCAGAUGGCCAAACAACCUUUGAAUUUUUACAUAAUCGUGCAUAUGUCCACAUAGGUAGAGGAAGCUACUUUUAAGGUAGACUUCCAAAUUAAUACAGUCUAAAAGUUUGUUGCAGUAGUUCAAAUAAAAAAGAUGUCAAAUUUCCACUUAUUUAGAGAAAAUUAAAUGAGUGGAUUAUCUUGUUCUUUUUUAUGGGGGGUGCUAGAUAUUUGGUGUGUGUAAUAUUACUGGAUUUUCUGUGUAAAUUUGUGAGAUGAGAGACACCUGCAAGAAGUGGAAUUAAGCUUUUUAUUCUAUUUCAUAAAAUUUUCAGUGUAAACACUCAUGUUAUAGUUGUUUUUUUUUAAACCCUUACCUUUUGUCUAGGAGUUUGGCUCCAAGGCAGAAGAGUGGUAAGGGCUAGGCAAUGGGGGUCAAGUGACUUGCCCAGGGUCACACAGCUGGAAAGUGUCUGAGGCCAGAUUUGAACCUGGGACCUCCCGUCUCUAGGCCUGGCUCUCAAUCCACUGAGCCACCCAGCUGCCCCCUCAUCAUGUUAUAGUUUUAUAAAUUUACACAUCACUAGAUGCUAACUA